GCACUCCCGAACUGUUAGACCGGGCAGGUGGGAGGGACUCGCUGUCUGUCUUUUAGGAAGGAAGGAGAGAGAGGGAAGUGGGAAAGACAGAGAGACAGGAAAUAGGGUAGGGGGUAGAAUUUGUAAUAGUGAGUGCAAGUUAUAAUCAUAAAAAUAAAAGGGUGCUUGUGCAUUUACACGAACAUGCUUGAAACAAGAAGAGGAGCACUUGUGACAAGUGUUUUUGUCGCGUUCGUGUGCUUGACGACAUUCGGAAAUGUCGUGACAGCAGAUGAGGAGAAGAAAGGCGAUUUGGUGGUGUUGACUCCGUACCGGAAGGACAGCGACGGACUUUCGAGAUUCGUGAGAUCAGCCAAACUCUACGGAUACAAAAUCAAGGUCCUGGGCGAGAAAGCAGGUCAGGAAGCGGAACCAGGCGAGGAGGAACUGUUGUCACUACUGAAGGAGGAGCUGAAGGCACUGAGUGAAGACCCCGAGAAGAUCGUCCUCUACACUGAAGGCGCCAGCACCGUCCUGUCGGCUGGGCCCGUCCGAGUGGUGGAAGAGUUCGAGCGCUCGGGGGCGGCUGUACUCGUGUCGGCCGACGGUUUCUGCUGGCCCGACCGGGAGCUGGAGGCAAGCUACCCGAAGGUCAAGCGCGGCAAGAGGUUCCUCAACUCAGGAGGAAUCGUGGGUCGAGCCGAAUCCUUCUUCAGCGUCCUGUCGGCAUCGGCGGAGGAGAAGUCGCUGCAGAUGCUGUUAACCCACGCCUACGUUAAGGACGCCACCAGAGACAAGUAUAACAUAAGACUCGACCAUCUGAGCAAUCUCUUCCAGAACCUUAAUGGCGCCACAGGCGACGUCGAGCUUCGUUUCGCGGGCAAGGAGGCCUACCUCCAGAACACCCUCUACAACAGCGUCCCCGUCGUCGUCACCGGCAACGGACACACAAGCCUCGUCCUCAACACGCUCGGCUCCUACCUGGCGAGGGCGUGGAACCCGGAGGAGGGAUGCAGGUCAUGCUGGGACGACAUGAUCACCCUCGACCCUGCGAAGGAGGAGGAGAUGCCCGCGGUGGCGCUGGGCGUGUUCGUCGAGAAGGAGACGCCCUUCCUGGAGGAGUUCCUCGAGAAGAUCGCCAGCCAGGUGUACCCCAAGCAAAGAAUCAAUCUCUUCGUCCACAACUCGGUCAAAUAUCACGAGGAGACAGUCUCGGCGUGGGCAGAGGCCAUGAAGGAGGAAGUCGCUUCCGUCAAGUACACGGGCGUAGAAGACAACGUUAAGGAGUGGCACGCUCGCAACGCCGCCGUCGACUUCUGCUUGGAGAGCGAGAGCCAGUACUACUUCAGCGUGGACUCCGAGGCGCACAUCGACAACCCUUACACCAUUAAACUUCUCAUUGAGCAAAACAGGGACGUGGUGGCGCCCAUGCUGAUCCGACCGUACAAGGCUUGGAGCAACUUCUGGGGCGCGAUAACGAGCGACGGCUUCUACGCUCGCUCUAUGGACUACAUGGAGAUCGUGCAGGGCCACAGGAGAGGCCUGUGGAACGUGCCCUACAUCACCUCCUGCUACCUCGUGCGCAGACACCUCCUGGAGGGUGACAAGCGCCCGGCCUACAUCAAGAACCUGCUCGACCCUGACAUGGCCUUCUGCGAGAACCUUAGAGAAAAGGGCGUGUUCAUGUACGUCAGCAACCGAGUCGAUUUCGGUCACCUCGUCAACGCCGACCAGUUCGACACCUCCCGAAUGAACCCCGAGCUGUGGCAGGUCGUCGACAACCGGUGGGACUGGGAGCAGCGCUAUCUUCACCCGAACUACAGCAGCGCCGUCGCCGAGAACGCCACGGUGGAGAUGCCGUGUUCCGACGUGUACUGGUUCCCGCUGUUCAAGGAGAGGUACGCGCAGGAGAUGAUCCAGACCUUCGAGGACUUUGGCGUGUGGUCCGAGGGAACUAAUGAUGACCCGAGGCUGGAGGGCGGCUACGAGUCGGUUCCUACCAUCGACAUCCACAUGAAGCAGAUCGGCAUGGAGACCGAGUGGCUGGAGAUCCUUCGGGUGUACGUGCAGCCGAUGCAACUCAAGGUCUUCGAAGGAUACUACAACGAUGUAGGACCCCCACGAGCCAUUAUGAACUUCAUGGUGAGGUACAAGCCUGAUGAACAGCCCUUCCUGCGUCCACAUCACGACACCUCCACCUACACCAUCAACGUGGCACUGAACAAGCCCGGAGUCGACUACAAGGGAGGCGGCUGCCGCUUCGUCAGGUAUAACUGCUCUGUUACGGAUUCCCGCGUCGGAUGGAUCCUGAUGCACCCGGGCCGCCUCACGCACCUGCACGAGGGCCUUCCCACCACGGAGGGAACGAGAUAUAUCAUCGUGUCUUUCGUGGAUCCAUAAAAGGGAAUUCUAGCCUCAGCCCCCCCUCUCUCUCUCUCUGUUGUUUGUUGUGAAAAAGGGGAAGAAACUUGAGGGUUCAUCAUGUGAUGCUGAAGUCAUUAGCAACAAUAAAUAACAGAUUUUUCAUUUUGUGCAAAUGCUAUGUGAUAAGUUAUUUAUGUAGUAACUCUAAGUUACUUCUAAAUGUUGUUAUGUAUUUAUGAAUAAAAAAACUAUGGUCUUGUCAA